AUGGUAUGGGAUGACGAAUUGGCUGCUGCUUCAACUACCCAUGCUAGAAACUGUGAUUAUAGGUAUAGCUCUGCACAUGAUUAUGGGGAGAAUAUAGCUGUUCAAGGCAGCCUUAGACCCCUUGAUGUUAACACCGUGGGAGCCCAACACAUUAGACAUUGGGUUGAUUACGAGAAGCAGUUUAAUGAUGGAACGUGGUCUUGUUGUUCAGAAAGAGGUUAUAGCUGUUGUGAAUAUGCACAGGUUGUUUCGAAAUCUACGACUUCUGUUGGCUGUGGAUAUGCUCAGUGUGGCGUUAUGCCGAAUUUGUUAGUGCUUGUUUGCCGAUACAAACCAAGUGGAAAAAUACGUGGUGAAUCUCCUUAUGUGUAG